AUGUCUGACGGGGAAAAUCACACAGGCUUUCAUAUCUGGGACUUCAACUUCAGCCAUUACAAACAAUCCAGAAUUACCAGCUACAUAUGCCAAAUCCUGUUCAUACCGCUUAUGACCUUCGUCAAGCUGUCGAUUCUUGCUUCAUAUCUACGGUUCUUUACGGAAAAGACAUACAUCAGACUAGCCUGGGCUCAAGUUGUGUUGGUUCUGGCUUGGUUUGUAUGCUUCUUCGUUAUGAUGCUCGUCGCUUGCAUCCCUCUUACGAACUACUGGAACAACAUUUUACUAAAAGGUUGCAUGGACGACGCAGUAAGACUGCUACCGGGCAUCUAUUCCAACGCUGUGAUGGACGUUAUGCUGUUCCUUACUCCUUGUCCAACGCUCUGGAAGCUGCAACUACCCAUCCGGGAUAGAAUUGUGCUUAUCGUCAUGAUGUGUUUGGGUUUGAUUUCUUGUGUAGCAGGAUGCAUCAAGUCAUACUACAUGUACCAAACCCUCGUGGGAACAUACGAUGUGACCUGGGAAGGAUACAAAGUCUGGGUAUGGACAGACCUCGAAACAAAUCUUGCAGUAAUUUGCGCUUCCGUUCCUGUCCUACGACCGCUUGCGCAGAAAUACUUCCCCGGCUUGGGCUUCAAGAGCUCCAACGCCAGAUCAAAGUACGCGGCGAAUCGAUGGGGCAACAGCGGAAACUCUGGCCCGAACCACUCUGGCGGAAUUUAUAAGCAGCAAACGAUCCACCAGACGGUCAAGUCUCGACAGACCACCGAUGAUGACGAAGAUGAUAGCGGUUCUACCAUAGCACUGAGCCCCUCGGAGUUCCCACUAACGUCGCACCCUUCGCCUCCCCGAACGUACGAUACUCGACGUGGUCCCCAUGGCAGCGUGCACAACGAUUCUCGCAGCGGUUCACGCAACGAUCUACGGAAUGACUACCACCAAGAUCCCCGCUAUGCCGGCUAUCAAGCGUGA